AUGGAAGAUAAUGGUGGUGCCAUCAAUGACAUGGUAAUUCAGAUCGGGAACAAGCACAAAACCGUCCCGCCUACCAUCUCGCCGUUGUCUGGAAUGUCUGUCGAUAUCAUUCUACAUGGAACUUUCCGAAAUGCACGCUUCGUCACGCUGCGUAAGCCUCCCUUCACCAAGUCAUCAUUGGGCUGGGGCUAUUUUGAACUCACUGCGUUCAUCACACUGCGCGAGGGUUGGGAGUGGGUCAGCUCAGAUGCCAUAUCCAGCACAUCGAAAGGAGACAGGAGGGACAGACUGGCGAUGAAGUGGAUGCUUGACUUUGACAGGCACGGUAGCCAGUCGCUCAUGAUGGAGCAAUUUCGAAGACGAGACUCUUGGGAUGACAUUGUGGAGUCAUUACAAAACUUGUUCGUGGACGCCGAGUAGCUUAGACGUCUGAAAUUCCUACCUAGUUCAUUGCAAACUGGUUUCGCG